GCUUUUGUUCUAAAUAAAUCGCGUUUUACGAAACUCCUGCAAAAUAUUGAAAGACAACUCCAGUACCAGAGCCAGCAUUGCAAGAAGGAGAGAGAGAGAGAGAGGAAAGAGAGAGAAAGAGAGAAGAAUGAGGAGAAAACGGAGGGGAGGAGGAAUGGUAAACGGGAUUCCGAUCACUGUUGUAUUCCUGCUAUUCGUCGCAAUUCGAUUGCCGCCAUCAUCGGCAAUCUCUACCGACAACAGCGUCGAUGGGAGUGGCGAUAGCAAUAAUAGAGUGGCGAUAGAGCUGGUGGGAGGUCCCGACGAUGAUCUGGUGUGGGUGGUGCAGCUAUCCGAUCUCCACUUCAGCGUGCACCGCCCUGAGAGGGCUGCGGAAUUCAAUCAGAUUGUGGGGCCCGCACUCUCCUUCAUCAAGCCUUCGUUAGUCCUCAUCACUGGCGAUCUCACUGACGGCAAAAGCAGGGAUUUAUUAACAAUGAAACAAGACGAAGAGGAGUGGAUCGAAUACAAGAACGUCAUGCAUGAAGUUGUCAAGAGAAGUGGACUUAACAAAACCAAAUUUUACGAUGUUCGAGGAAAUCAUGACAACUUUGGAGUUCCUGUAAUUGGUGGAUCCUUUGAUUUUUUCUCGAAAUACAGCAUCAAUGGACAGCUACAAAGGACCCGAACAGUCAAUAGCAUCACUAUUCAGACCAGCAAACGGAAGCUUCUUUUCGUUGGUUUUGACAGCGCGACGAAUUCAGGUUUACGGGGCCCCACUAAUCUCUUUGGACACCCUACAGAUGAAAUGUUGGAAGAAAUAGAAACCGAACUCUCGCAAUGGGAUUCUCAUUCAUCUCAGCCAAUUACCAAAAUAUCCUUCGGCCAUUUCCCCCUUUCGUUUUCUGCGGCCACAAAUUCCGGAAAGACAUUGAAGGAUAUUUUCACGUUUCACUCGUUAGCUGCUUACUUAUGCGGCCAUUUGCAUACAAAAUUCGGAAAGAAUUUAAAGCGGCAUCAUAGUGCUCAAUAUUCCAACCAGUUAUUCCAAUUGAACGGUCAUCGAACACCUUCAAAGAACACCUCUUAUUGCCCCACAAAAAUCAAUGAAUUCUGGGAAUUGGAAAUGGGGGAUUGGAGAAAGAGUAGAGCCAUGCGAGUUUUAGCUAUCGACAGGGGUCGUAUUUCAUUCGUCGAUAUAGACUUCGAAUUUGGAGCCAAGAAAACUAUCAUACUGCCGACAUUUCCUUUGGACUCUCGCUUCGAUUCACUAUCAUAUGAAAACUAUAAAUGUGGGAACCACGACCCUUUAUUGUAUGAUGCCAUAAGAGCUCUUGUUUUCUCUACUUCUCCAAUUGUAUCGGUUUUGGCUAAGGUAUACGAUUCUAGCUCCGGAAAUCUGAUUCUUGUGUUAGAUACACCAAUGAAAAGGCUUAGUGGGUCUCACGGUGAUCUUUAUGUGGCCCCGUGGAAUAUUCUUGCUUUCGAAGAUCCAUCUCCUGAGCGAUACUUACUUCAAAUAGAAUCAACUGAUAUAAUGGGUCGAUUAACUGUCACUGAACUCAGACCAUUUUCGAUAAGUGGAACCCCUGCUAGGUUCAAAUGGAGUUGGAAAGAAUUUAUUGUGAUGGGUUGUCAAUGGGACUCUUUGUACUACCCUAUACUAUGGUGUUUUUACGGUUUAGUCCUUCCGAUUCUUCUCAUCCCAAAAGUACUACUCUCUUGUUCAAAGAGGCGGUAUACAUAUAGACAUUUUAAAGCUAACAAGAGCUUCGUAAAUUGCUUUUCUUGGGUAUUUACGGAACUAUACAAUGUUCCUCUUGCAUGGUUCUCUAUGAUAGGUUACCUUUUUUAUCUUAUAUUGUGCCCUUGGUUUUAUGGUCAAGUGUUCACGCAAAGUGGAGGAGAAAGGGUAUAUAUGACUUUUAGAGGUUGGGUUUCGAGAUUCGAUAGUAUGGGGAAGAUAGAAAUUGUUGGAUCUCCGGAUGUAAUGGUGGUGGUUCUUCCUCAUAUGUUUUUUGUAGUUCUUCCCUCGAUUGUGUUGAUUAUUAUGUUGGCUGUUGAAAGUGGGAUUUAUCGUGAUUAUAUUCUCUCUAUUUCGAGUAAGAAAAAAGACGACCAUGAUAGUUCGAAUAAGGAAUCUGCCUCGUUCAACAGGGCAUCAGAAACUACUACACCUAAGCGGUGGCGUAGGAAGUUGUUCCUUGUGGUUUGUUUGGCUAUCCUCUUGAAGCAUUUCAAGAACUGUGUAUCUCUAAUGAAAGCAUACGAGAUGAACCCAAUCAUACAUUUCCCGGUCUACAGCCUGGUGAUUCCACUAUUGUUGGCUUAUACUAUUUGGAAAACCGAGAAAAACUCGAGUGGCAUUUCCACCAGGUAAGGCCGUCAUCAAUCCUUGGAAGUGUUAUUUUACACUUGCAGUUCGAUGGAAUAUUAGAUUUCAGCUAGAUUGGAUCCAUUCUAUAUAAAAUUCUAUGCACGAAGAUGUAUUUCAACGAGAAUAGUUGCUCAAGAGAAGAUACAGCGUUUCGUGUUACUUCAAUAGGAAGAUGAAUUAAGUCAUCUAUAGUUAAUUUUUGUAUGUGAAUCAUCUAUAGGUUCUACGUUAAUGCUUAUUCUGCUUACUUAUUGGCGAGAGAAAUAUAGGGGAGAGAAAUUUAGUUGGUUACUUAUUCUUAUUUAUGUGUAAGCAAAUUCGGCACCUGCUGCCACCCUGUGAGAAAUUUCAAAAUGAUCUAAAUUCGGCG